GCGCAGGAAGUGUUGUACGACGAGGCGGCGACGCUUUCUAGAACUGAACGCAGAAUGUUUUCAUUUGUGUCUUUUCAAAAUCAGUUCUGUCAAAAACAAGCAGCUACAUUUGCACAGACAGUGAUACAGUGAGCAUCUACAAAUGGAGAAGGAAGUGAUGUCAGGAGGGAGCAGCAGCGGUAAAGCUGUGCAGCAGAACAGACAGAAGAGGAGUUCAGACGAGCAGCAGCCUUUACUGAUCCACGGUCUGAGCGUGGAGCGCUACAGAGAAAUCUACCACUCCGUGCUCCAGCCGUCGCUGCUCGCUGCUCUGCCCGCGUCCCAACCGGCCGACUACGUCUCACAGGUCCUGGAGCUGAAGCAGCGUCUGUGGACGGCGCUGAGUCGACCUCGGCUAGAGGAGACGCUCGGGGAGGACGGACGGGUGGAGGUCAAAGAAAUAUUUGACCUGACUUAAGAUGUGAUGGAGAGAAACCUGUGUGUUUGUUUGAUUCAUAGAAACGUAUCAGUAAAUCUAUUUUCUCAAGGACUGAAA